AUGCCUUUGAUACUGGUGGCUGACCCUCCAGCCAGCUGUAAUCGGCCAUCUGUUGACAAGGUUUGUAUGGUGGUAAAUCAGCUGAGGGGUGGGAAGGCAGGUGGUGUUUGUGGCAUCCAUUGGGAGAUAAUCAAGAAAAGUGGGCCUGUUGUAGUCUUGUUCGUGUGGCAGAUCAUCUACUCAAUUUGGAUCAGUGAUGUCAUACCACUUAACUGGAAAACGGCCGUAAUUGUCCCUAUCAAGAAAGAUAAAGGUGAGCACCAUGACUGUAACAACUAUAGAGCUGUUACAUUCUUCUUAGUGCCCAGUAAGGUCUUUGCCAAGGUUAUUCUGAAUGUAGUGCAAAAUUAUUUGUUUGCCUCUCAGCAGCCAGAGCAGUCAGUGUUCACACCAAAGAAGUCAACUACCAACAAGAUCCUGGUUUUUUGUGUACUCAUUGAAUGCAAGCAGGGUUGUUGGCAGGAGCUGCUUACAGCCUUUACUGACCUUCACAAGGCAUUUGAUUCAGGGGACAGGAAUGUGCUUUGGAGGAUUCUGGAGCUGCAAGGUAUACCUCUCCUACAGGUUGGGUUGAUGGUGGCUUUGUAUACUGGAACAGUGAGUGCAGGGCUCAACGUCUGA